GGGGAGGUUCACAACUUGACUGAGCUUGAGACAGCUAUCGUUGAGUCGGGGUAGAGGGUCUAAUGGUGUGGUAUCACUUCAGUAAGUUACGCACCACUUACAAGGGGCACUGGAUUUUUUAUUUAUUUAUUUAUUUAUUUCCCCCCUCACUGUCCGUGUCGCGUCUGUUUAUUUUAUUUACCUCAUUGCUGGUUGGUGUGUGUGCUUUGCUGUAAUUAAGCACACGCCGGCAGCGUUGUCUUUUUGAAGACACAGCUGUGUAAUACAUAAUGCUACCUAGCCAGGCUGGGACGGCACCAGUAGGGAACGGGUCAGGAUCGGGCAAAGGUAACGCGGGUCACGGGGUAGGAGUGAUUGGGAGCGGGGUUGCUACCAGCCUGUCAAGAGCAGGGUUAGUUGGAGUCAGCGGCGGGGUUGGUCGAUCAGGGAACGGGCCAGUGAUGUUGGGGGGCAACGGGGCAGCAGGGGGUUCUCGCGGGGCGCAAAGGUCUGGGAACGGGGCAGGAGUGGCAGGAUUGCAAGGAGCAGGAGCGGGGGGGCUCGGGAGUAUGGGGUCAGUAGUCGGGGGGCAAGGAGUAAGCAGGUUUGACCCCGACCGGGAAACCUCAGCCAUUGUGUUCAGCGGCUCGGACAACGAUUCGGACUCUGUUGAUGACGAUGACCUGGCAGUGUUGGGUCAGGGGACCAUCGGGAGAGGGGUGAAGCGGGAGAGAGCCGAGGUAGAAUCCAGCAUAAUGGGGCAAGGAGCUGGGACGCCAGCUGGAGGCUACAGCGGCGUGUCAGGUGGGGUGGCUGGGGCAAAACCUGGCAAAAAGACUCGAGGAAGAGUCAAGAUUAAAAUGGAGUUUAUCGACAACAAACUGAGGCGAUACACGACUUUCAGCAAAAGGAAGACUGGCAUCAUGAAAAAGGCGUACGAGCUCUCAACACUGACGGGCACACAGGUGCUACUGCUGGUGGCGAGCGAGACUGGCCACGUGUACACAUUCGCCACGCGCAAGCUGCAGCCCAUGAUCACCAGCGAGACAGGCAAGGCGCUGAUCCAGACAUGCCUCAACUCCCCCGACUCGCCUCCCCGCUCCGACCCCACCACAGACCAGCGAAUGAGUGCCACGGGCUUCGAGGAGACAGACCUCACCUACCAGGUGUCAGAGUCUGACAGCAGCGGGGAGACCAAGGACACCCUAAAGCCUGCCUUCACGGUGGCCAGCUUGCCUGGCACCUCCACCUGUAACCCCACAGCGCCCACCACCACCACCAUGCAGGUGAGCAGCGGAGCCUCCUUCCCCAUUACCAACUACCUGGCACCUAUUUCUGCCAGUGGCAACGCCAACAGCAUCACCAGUGCCAACGGAACGGUGCUCAAAACGGCAGCCACCUCAGGUGGGGUCAUGCAGCUCCCCAGCGGCUUCACCUUUAUGUCAGGCACUCCGCUCCCCCCUGGCACCCCCACCAUUCCUAUCAGUCAGUUACAGUCGCACUCGCUAGCCAUACAGGGUCAGCCAGGCCAGACCAUCACUGGGGCUCAAGGGCAGCAGACAGUCUUCCGCUUCCCAGCGUCCGUCUCGCUAACAGGGGGCACAGUGACUCAGCAGUUACAAGCAAUCCAGGUCCACUCCUCAACGCAGCACAGCACCAGCACCACUGAUAGCGGGCCUGAGAGCUCACAGGCCUCCUCCAGCUCUGCAGUCAGUCUCCCAGCCACGAUCGUGACUUCGUCCGUUCCCACGACGAUGGCGGGUCACAUGAUGUACCCCAGCCCCCACACUUUGAUGUACACCUCCACACCUGCGCUGGCUGAUGGCAGCCUGGCCGUGCUCAAUGCAUUCUCUCAGGCCCCCUCCGCCAUGCAGGUCUCCCACGGGCAGGUGCAGGAGCAAGGUGGAGUCCCUCAGGUGUUCCUCACAGGCCCUCCAGGAACGGUACAGAUACCCGUCUCAGCUGUGCAGUUACAUCCAGUACGGAAAGAUCUUCAUUUUACAAAUGGUCAUUGGGCAGCAGUCGAGUAACAGCAGUCAUCUGACGGAGCUGCAGGUUGUGAACCUGGAUGCUGCACACAACUCCAAGAGCGAGUGACCACCACCACCACCACCUCACCCCACACCAACAUAUAUAGGAGCCCAAGAGAGCAGCGUUUAUUUAAGAACAAUUAUUUAUUGAUGCCUUUUCUCCUCACCAUGUUUUUAAUUAAUAAUAAUAUUUUAUUUUUAUUCAAAAUCUAUGGAAUGGAGAAUUCAUAGUUACGAAGCCUUGAAACUUUUUUUU